ACAACACUGGUCACCGCAGCCCUUCAACCAUUCUUUAACUUAUCCUUUCACCACCAAAGAACGUCAAUAUGGACGGUUGGAACAAGUUGCAGUCCAGUUUAUCUAGCAUGAACAUUGGGCAGUCAGCCAACAAGCUGGCUAAAGGCUUUAACUCUGGUAUACAAGCUACCAGAGAGCGUCUCGGUCAAGUUGCUCCGGACGAAAUCACCGAGCUGCCUCAGGAGUACAAGGACCUUGAGACUCGUGUCGAUGCGUUGCGUUCAGCCCACCUUGCUUUGCUCAAAGUAACCAAGGCAUAUGAAACCGAGUCUUAUGAUUACCCUACUCAGAUACAAGAGUCUAUUGCUGAACUCUCCACUACAAUCGGCCAGGGUAUCACAAACUUUGCUGCCACCAACCUCAAAGGCACCAACCUUCCCGCUCCUUCACCAGUUGCACCUCAGGUCGUACAGCACAAGACUCUUCCACACGCACUUGGCCGUGCAGCCACGAAUGCAACGACCGCUAUUCAAGGGACCCCUGUGGGCUCUGACGACAAACUUGGGAAAGCACUUGGUCUGUAUGCUGGUGUCUGGGACAAAAUCGCUUCCGCCCGCCUACAACAAGAUGACUCCAUUCAAAAGCAGUAUUUGCAACCGUGGCAAACUACUUUGUCCACGCAUAUCAAUGUUGCCAUGCGGGCUCGCCAAGCCGUGCGUGUGAGCAGACUGGAGUUGGAUGCCGCAAAACAAUCGUUGAAGAACGCCAACCCCACGAAGCAAGAACAGGCAAGGUUGGAAGUGGAGAACGCCGAAGACGACCUUGUGCAGAAGACGGAGGUGGCUAUCACUCUCAUGAAGGCUGUGCUUGAUAACCCUGAGCCUGUCAAGAAUCUAAAUGAACUUGCCAAAGCCCAACUUCUAUACUUUGCUUCUGCCGCGGAAGCACUCUCUUCCGUACAGGGUGAGAUCGAAGAGCUAAGUGUUGCUGCCGAGGGAGAGUACAGAAAGUCUCGCGACCACUGAGGUUCCUCUUCGUUGAUGCACGACUCUUUAUGAUCUUUCUGUUAUGCCCCCUUGUCUCGCUUCGCCAUCUUUUUCCUAUCCUUACAUAUGUGCCUGCUUUGAAUAUAAGGUUGUGCAAAGCGACAGUGAGGUCUGGACAUUUCAUGUAUACGUCUCGUAGAUAAUUGUGAAUGUAUAAAAUGUCGGAGCGAGCU